AUGCGUCUCCCAUACGUUGCAGACCCUCCAGCAACCAGCACACCAGACGAAGCCAGAAUCCUAGCCAGCGUGCAAGCGCGCCGAGCACCAAACCCGCUUCUCCCCCUCGACCUAGCACUCUUGCACUCCUACCCAGUCACAGAAGGCUGGAAUUCAUUUAUUGGCGCAAUCCGCACCCGAACCACCCUCACAACUGUCAUCCGUGAACUAGCCAUUUGCCGCGUCGCAGUGGUCAACGGCGCCCUGUUUGAGUGGGAACAGCAUGCCCCUCUGCUUACGGAAGGUGGAUUGGGCUCAGAGGCAAUGAAGGUUAUUGGCGAUGCUCAAGCGGAUUUCUCAGAUGCGGCAGCGUCGCUAGUCUUGAGUGCUGACCAGAGGGCUGUGCUGAAGUAUACAGAUGCUAUGACGAAGACAGUUACCGUGCCUGAUGAGGUUUUUGCGGAGCUAAAGGGGUGCUUCAAUGAACGGGAGGUUGUUGAGAUUACCGCUACGAUUGCAGCUUAUAAUUGUGUUAGUCGCUUUCUAGUAGCUUUGGAUGUUGGCGAAAAGAACCAUCUACACUGA